GUCUGGUUCACACAGACGCGGCCGUGUAUUUCCAGGGGCGGACCGAAGUGGGAAGCGUAAAGCAACGCAGCUCCCAGCGGAUACAUGCUUGUGUAUAGGUGACAGGCCUACAGGUGGGUACGGUGGUGGUUAUCAACAUGCUUCAGGGGAGAGGGGGUGUGCCGGGGAUGCAGGUGGCGGUGAAAGGAUUGUCCUCAAUCCGCUUCUGAUGAUUGCAAAGGGAUGGCUUGGGAUCCGCUUCAGCUAGAUAUAAUGCCCACCGAGGAGCAUCUCUUCAUCAUAUGCCCCCCUCUUUCACGUUUACAGAAGCUUUCGGUUUCAAUUCGUACCUCUAUCUGUCACACUCUUUCACAAGACACCACGAGAGCUCGGCAAGAUGGCCACCGCGUCCGACACCAACAUGAACCUCAUCGCUAUCCUCAGUGGAACAGCGCUAGGCAUGUCAUUCCAUCAUACUUACAAGUUCGACAAGUGCAAGUGUCUCAUUCCCAAAGCUCAUGACUGGUUUCGCGCCCUCUUGACAUGGAUGCUUUUGUGCUCCAAUAUGUGUCUGUUUGCGUGGGCGGCGGGCUACUGCUGGGUCAAGUACAAGUUGAAAUGGGUCUAUACAGAAGAGUACGGCGCUAUACCAUAUCCUCCCUCUCUCUACACUGAGCAGUACCGUUUGCUCAACACUCCCCUCAUGAUCGUCUUCAACAUCGCCUUCUCCCUUCAAACAUCACUCAACGCCGAGGAGGGCCUUUAUUGGUAUCAUCUGAUGCGCGCCGUUCGUCAACCCAAGUCGGCUCGCUCGUGGCUUACCUCGCCCUACUUUUACGCCUGGAUCGUCAUUAGUGUGGUCUCGGCCAUUUUGCAGUGCGGAACCGGAUGGAUUCACAAGGGUAGUGAACUCGACCUGGUGCACCAGAUGUCUGUAGUCAUGACCGUUGAUGGAGCUGUGGAGCUCAUAGUGAUGUCUGCGGCUUCAAUUGUAAUCUGGAAGUUUCCUGCUUUCCUCGAUACCGUGAAAGCUUCAGGGGCGGGUCCAGAAGUCAGGUCUCGGCUUCACUUUUAUCACGAAGCAAACAAGGUCCGAACAUUCUUCCGCUUCAUCUACUCGACCGGCAUGAUUGUAUUGGGUGUCGAUGGCCUGACAGAGAAGCAGCUGAUUUCCAACACCCCCAUCGCAAGUGACAUUGUCUCUCAACUAGUCUUUGGAUCCUUCUUCUUCAUCCUCAUCAUUUCGAUCGUGCUGUACCUUCCCCGCUCAUGGGCACCCCCCGGAGCGCAACACAACAAUGUCAUGGUAGGCCGCGCCGUUCAUCAGCCAGGUCACCACCAGCUUGCCAGUGGGGUUGCCCUCAUGUCGCUUUUAAGGGAAGGUGGGCAGUGGGAUGAUGAGGCCAUGAAGAACACGACACUGGCUCCGACAAGUCCAUACAAUCUGGACAAUCUCAAGCUCUACGGCUCGCAAGACCCCUUGACGGCCAAGGAGAGCGACUGGGAGCUGAAGAGGGAUUCUGGAGCAGAGAUUCCGAACGUUUUGGAAAACUUUACAUCUCCCAUCGCAGUCCAGACCAAGGAGAACUACGUCCCUGCGGAGCUCCGUAUUCAUGUCGAGCAAGAAGUGCACGAGGACCGCGGAGAAAGCUAUGUGUGAGGUACGGAGUGAUCCAGGGUUGAUCUACUUUGGGGCGAUGGCGUGUAUUUUCGAAUGGGGGUCUUGCUAGGUUGUUGUUUCUGCAGGGACUUUUUACGCAGGUGAUGUCUGGGCGAUGUCUAUAAUGCUGAGUGGAUGCAUGCAAAAUGCGCUCGGGA